UUUGACUUUCGUGAGUGGCCGUGCAUCGGCACCACCGUAUCUAUCUAUUGUAGUCCUCCUAGCUGAAGGAAAUUGAAUAAAAAGUUGGGAAUCGUAUCAGCUGAUCGAGAUGGAGUCUCCAUUCAAGGCCGAUGUACUCAAGGGGAAGGUUGCGCUAUUGACCGGAGGCGGCUCUGGAAUCGGCUUCGAAAUUUCCACCCAAUUCGGCAAACAUGGAGCCUCGAUUGCAAUCAUGGGUCGCCGGAGGAGUAUUUUGGACGACGCCGUUGCAGUUCUCAAGAGCCACGGCAUCUCUGCAGUUGGUUUCGAAGGGGAUGUUCGGAAGAAGGAAGAUGCACAGAGAGUUGUGGAGGCAACAGUGAAGCAUUUUGGGAAGCUUGACAUUCUUGUGAAUUCUGCUGCCGGCAACUUCCUUGUAUCUGCUGAGGAUCUCUCUCCCAAGGGUUUCCAAACAGUGAUCGACAUAGACGCUGUAGGCACAUUUACAAUGUGCCACGAGGCUCUAAAGUACCUGAAAAAGGGCGCGCCGGGUAGAAGCUCGUCUAGCGGAGGAUUUAUACUAAAUAUUAGCGCCAAUUUGCACUACACCGCGACCUGGUAUCAGAUCCAUGUUUCUGCAGCCAAGGCGGCUGUUGAUGCCCUCACAAGAAACUUGGCCCUCGAAUGGGGUGCAGAUUAUGAUAUCAGAGUUAAUGGUAUCGCGCCCGGCCCCAUUGCCGAAACUGCUGGGAUGAGCAAGCUGCUUCCGGAAGAGAUUGCCAACACGAUCAAUGAUGUUUUUCCUCUGAUUAAAGUUGGGGAGAAAUGGGACAUUGCCAUGGCUGCCGUCUACCUGGCAUCUGAUGCUGGUAAAUACGUGAAUGGUAACACCAUGAUUGUUGAUGGAGGAAUGUGGCUUAGCCAGCCUCGCUGGCUGCCCAAAGAUGAUGUUAAGCUUCUCUCCCGGGCUGUCGAGAAACGAUCCCGAUUGACACCAGCUGGUGCUCCUUCCCCUAGCAAACUCUAGUCACCAACAACAAACACACAUUCUAUUGAAAAAUGUAGUCUUAUUUCAAUCUAGACAAAAAGGAUUUGAGUUAUCAUCAGACUUUCCCUCUCUGUUCAUGACAUCCUAAGUAAAAAACAACAGAAGAACAAACAAUACUAUACAGUCUACUGAAAUAAGUCCAUUCUAACAAUUAAUUAUAUAGUAGUAGUAUGAUGAAAGUAGUUAGUAUGUUUUUGGCUCUCUCAAUUUUCUUAAGGAUUAUUAAUAUAAAGAAAACAUACCCAAAAAAAAAACAAAACUGACUGUCCAAUUGGAACCAGCCCAACUCGCUGUAUUGGGCCGAAGAAGCACCGGCCCGUUAUCCUUCCACUGCAGAGAGCGGAAGGUGGUCGCUGCUCUGUGAAACCAGCCUGACGCGGUGCCCUUCGCUCUAAGGACCACGGAGACCAGGCCUUCGCCUAAGCCCCGGGGACCAACUCUCCGCUUGGAACGGGCGAGCCGGUAUGAGCAACCAGGACCCAGCGAGCUGGUUCGGUUCAACGUCCAGUCAGCUUAAAGCCCCCGCUUGGGUCACAAGCUCGCGCUGCCGAGCUCGGCGAACUAGCAUGCUGGCUCUGCCGUAAUGCUUGCACUUGAUUGCGGAUCAGAGUUGUUCGAUUACAAAGGAGGUUCAAUUUCUUCUUACCGGCGCCGGUGCGGUCGUUAUUUUGGUUAAAGUUGGGCGGAUUCCCAGGAAUUGCGUCAAGUUUCACUCGCGCUGCUUUCGUACGACGCCGUCGCUUCUCUCGAUGAAGUUUCCUCGUCGACCAAGCGCAGUCAAGCUUCGUUUUCAGGGUUGGAAGAUGUGAUGUUGUGAUUCAUAUAUGGGCAGAGAAAGGUCACUGAAGUAGGCUCACGCGUAGAGUGUGGAAAAAGGUCGUUAGGAAAGGGGAUGCGGUUUUCGACGCCACUUGUGGAAAUGGAUUCGACACGCUUGCAGUGCUAAGGCUUGUUGCCGAUGAAAAUAGUUGCAGAGGCCAUGUUUACGCCAUGGACGUUCAAAAGGAAGCUUUAGAAAGCACGUCGUCUAUACUGGAUCGAUCCGUCUCUGCAGCCAAGGUAGCAAUUGUUUAAGCAUGUUGGCAAUGUCUUGAUAAUUCGCUGUCAAAUUGUAUGCUCGUAUAAAAUUGGUGUUGAUUGAAACAUGAUGCUAAUGUAUUUAGGCAACAUCAUCUUCUUGGACCAGAUUGAAUACUUUCUUGUUUAUGUUUCUAUGCUGACAUGCUUUGCUGUCUUAAAUUGCGUCAA